CUCCGUUACUCAAAAAACAGCUCAUAAAAAUGGCAUGGUCAAACACUCUGCUUCAGUUUCACAUCAAAUCCCCUUCGGUUCCUUCUCUCCCAUUCCCCCAUUCCCUCCCCAAAAGAUCCCCAAUCCUUCUCAACCCUAACCCUACAAAUCCCAACCCCAAACCCCCCAAAAUGCAAUUCCUUCACAGGAUCAACGCCGUCCCGGUCCAAGGCGUACUAUCACGGGCCAUCGACACCAUCCAAUCGUCUCCUCCCACGUGGCAAUCCGCAAUCCUAAGUAAUCUCGUGAUCUUCGUCGUCGGGACCCCACUUCUAGUGGCGGGCCUUUCUCUCUCCGGAAUCUGUGCUGCUUUCUUGCUUGGGACUCUCACUUGGCGCGCUUUUGGCUCCCCUGGGUUCCUCCUCGUUGCUUCUUACUUCGUUAUAGGAACAGCUGUGACAAAAGUGAAAAUGGCUCAAAAGGAGGCACAAGGGGUUGCCGAGAAGAGGAAAGGAAGAAGGGGACCUGGGAGUGUAUUUGGGUCCAGUGCUGCUGGUUGUGUAUGUGCUUUUCUCGCAAUAUAUGGAGUUGGCGGGGAGGCAUUUACACGACUUUGGCGACUUGGUUUUGUUGCCAGUUUCUGUACUAAGUUGAGUGAUACUGUCUCAAGUGAGAUUGGGAAAGCAUAUGGCAAGACAACGUAUCUGGUCACAGACUUUCGAAUUGUUCCUAGGGGAACAGAAGGAGCUGUCAGUCUUGAAGGAACAGUUGCUGGACUUCUAGCAUCUGUACUACUUGCAUCUAUCGGUUGUCUUCUGGGUGAGAUCAGUGUACCUGAGGUGCUGAUAUGCGUAAUAGCUUCUCAAAUUGCUAAUCUUGGUGAGAGUAUAAUCGGUGCUUCAUUCCAAGGGAAAGAAGGAUUUCAUUGGCUGAACAAUGAUGCCGUUAAUGUCAUCAACAUAUCCAUAGGCUGCAUUUUGGCAGUCUUAAUGCAACAAAUCCUCCAGAACUGGCAAAUGUAAGUUCAUCCCGAUCGUCGCUUCCGCGAUCUCAGGUAACAUGAAAGAAUUCGAGAAGGGGAAAGAAAGCCUUCAAUAUCAUGCAAGAGAGGGACACAAACUGCAAUUAUAGGAAUUAUUUUGGCUAACCUUCAAAGAUUGUCAAUGAUGUGGAGCGACACUACCACAACCAAAUUGUAUUAGAAAAAUUCUGAAGGCU